AUGUCGUCCAACGGUGCGAAGGGGCAACCCUCAGGCGCAACUCGUCUGAGGGAAAUGCUCUCCGAUCCCUCCAAAACGGUCGUAGCUCCCGGCGUCUACGAUGGUCUCACAGCCCGUCUUGCCCUCGAGGCAGGCUACGACUGUCUAUACAUGGUAAGCAGUACGCCAUCUAGCUAUCACCACAUCCACGCUGACCUCCAUGUUCGACAGACCGGCGCCGGCACAGCCAUGUCUCGCCUCGGAAUGGCAGACCUCGGUUUAACAACCUUCAACGACAUGGUCCAGAACGCCGGCAUGAUCGCCUCCAUCAACCCUUCUAUCCCCGUAAUAGCAGACGCAGACACCGGCUACGGCGGGCCCAUCAACAUCGCUCGAACAGUUACCUCCUAUGCCCGAGCAGGCGUAGCAGCUUGCCAUAUCGAAGACCAGGUCCAAGAGAAGAGAUGCGGCCAUCUCAGCGGCAAAUUGCUCGUGAGCAGAGAAGUGUAUUACAAUCGUCUGCGAGCAGCCUGCAAAGCCCGAGACGAAUCAAGAGAUGAUAUCCUCAUCAUUGCGCGAACAGAUGCGAGAGCUGGAAAGGAUAGCGAAGGAAAUGGCGGGUUUGAGGAAGCCAUCACCCGGUUGAAAGGAGCCGCAGAGGUCGGUGUCGACGCUCUAUUCUUCGAAGCGAUCCAAGAUCUCGACGAAGCGAAGAAAGUCAUAUCCCUCCUGCCUAAGAUCCCGGUGCUUCUGAAUAUGGUGCAAAACGGCCGGACGCCCUUGGUGAGCAACGAAGAGGCGAACAAGAUGGGCUUCAGAAUCGUCAUUUGGCCGACAAUGGGAUUGGAAGCCGUCGUGCCGGCGUUCAGGCAUUCCUUGGCGACGAUGAAGAAAACAGGUCAGCCGCCCAAAGAGCACAACAUCGGACCAGCUGGUUUGUUUGAGGUCUGUGGAUUGAAGGAUCUUAUGGCAUUCGACGAGAGCGUUGGUGGCAAGGCGUAUCAAUAA